AUAAUUUUGAAAUCGGUUUUGUUUGGCAGCUCUGAAAAGAAGCCAGAACUGAAGAAAAGUUCCUCCAGUUUUCAGACUCCGACUGCAGCCUCCAAGCUGCAGGAGCUGCGGAUCAAUAGAGAUGAUAGCAGCUGAAAACCCGAAGCCCCUGAACGCAUCAUCGGGUCUGACUGCUGCUGAUGACAGCGAGGGCAGCUGUCACGCACGCGCGCAGUAACGUAAACGUUUCAUCUGCUGCUUAGGUGGCCGACACAAGCAGCAGAGAAGUGUCCAUCACUUUUGGAAGCAGAGGACUGACUUUUGGACAAGGUAAAGAUCCCGUCGCCAUGGGAACCAGAGAUGAUGUGCACUCCAGGGUCACGCGCUCAUGCGAUUCUUCAGUUUUUGCGUAAAUAAUCCUCGAUAAAUGAUUUCACAGCGUUGUGAUGCUGCGUUGAUUAGAGAAAACCUGUGAGUCAUUUUCCACCAGGGGCGUCCUCGUGAUCCCUUUACAGGCCAAUUACUGGCACGAGUCCAAACACGUGCACGGCGAGGCUCGACUGACACUCGCCACUGCGCCAAAUGAGAAACGCGCGUUUCCACCUGAAUAAAAUGUGACGCGGAGGCCUCAUCUGAGUCUGACAUCCCUUCUGUGUGCUAGAGGAGGAAGAGAAGAAGGAGGAGGAGAAGGAAGAAGAGGCAGUGUCACCGUGCGCAGGUCCGCGGUGCUACGUCAGCGUCCAUCACAGGAGGAGCGCCUUUCUCCUCCAGCUCUCCGGUGACUCCCUGCUCUGCGUGGAUCUCGGUCACCCUGGCACGCGCUCACCUUCCUGCCUCAGAAAGGAUCUGAAGUUCCGCUGGAGAAGGGAGCUGUCCGUGGGGCUGACUUCAGUUUGGGCAACAGAAAACCUUUGCACACACUCAUGAGCUUGGGCCGCUCCUGAUACCUCCUGUUGUCAGCAUCAACUCACCACCUUGCCACAUCCAAGAUGGACGAUGACGGGCGCUACAGGGACGGCCGCUCGGACUUCAUCCGAGGCGCCAAGGACAUUGCCAAAGUUGCUAAGAAGCAGGUCGGCAAAAAGGUGGGACGUGGCGUGGACAAGAUGGCCGACGAGUACACCAGGCGCUCCUACAAGCGAUUCGAGGAGGAAGAUGACGAUGAUGACUACGGUGGUGUGCCAGGCGGCGAUAGUGGAUACCACCGGAACGACAGCCGGGCCAACGAUGAUGAAGGCCACAGCGAUUCCACUGAAGGACACGAUGAGGAUGAUGAGAUCUACGAGGGCGAGUACCAGGGCAUCCCGAGGGCUGACUCUGUAAAAGCUGGCAGCAUGGACGGCGUGGUGGCCGCCCAGGCGCAGCAGUUCAGAGAUCUGUCCGCCUAUGAAGGCGAGAGGAGGAAAGACCAGGAGGAGCUGGCUCAGCAGUACGAGAGCAUCCUGCAGGAAUGCGGCCACGGGAAGUUCCAGUGGACCCUCUACUUUGUCCUGGGACUGGCGCUGAUGGCAGACGGCGUGGAGAUCUUUGUGGUCGGCUUCGUGUUGCCAAGUGCAGAGAAGGACAUGUGUCUAUCGGAGCCAAACAAGGGCAUGCUGGGUCUGAUCGUGUACCUCGGGAUGAUGGUCGGCGCCUUUGUUUGGGGCGGCCUGGCUGACCGCAUCGGCCGACGGCAGACCCUCCUGAUCUCGCUCUCCAUAAACAGCGUGUUCGCCUUCUUCUCGUCUUUCGUCCAGGGCUACAGCUCCUUCCUCUUCUGCCGGCUGGCCUCUGGUGUGGGAAUCGGCGGCUCCAUCCCGAUUGUGUUCUCCUAUUACUCUGAGUUCCUGGCCCAGGAGAAGCGAGGAGAACAUCUGAGCUGGCUCUGCAUGUUCUGGAUGAUUGGUGGCAUCUACGCCUCAGCCAUGGCGUGGGCCAUCAUCCCUCACUACGGCUGGAGUUUCCAGAUGGGCUCGGCCUAUCAGUUCCACAGCUGGCGCGUCUUUGUGUUGGUGUGCGCCUUCCCCUCCGUGGCGGCCAUUUCUGCCCUCUCCACCAUGCCCGAGAGCCCUCGCUUCUACCUGGAGAAUGGGAAGCAUGAUGAGGCAUGGAUGAUUCUGAAGCAGGUCCAUGACACCAACAUGAGAGCUAAAGGAUGCCCAGAAAGGGUCUUCUCUGUGACCACCAUCAAAACCGUGAAGCCCAUGGAUGAGCUGGUGAACAUGGGCGAUGGCGCCGCCUGGCACGCCAAGUGGAGGAUAAAGCUCACCACUCUGUUCCACCAGGUGUGGAAUAAUUUCCUGACCAUUUUCAACCCGGAAUAUCGCCGCACCACCUACAUGAUGAUGGCCGUUUGGUUCUCCAUGUCCUUCAGCUACUACGGUCUGACGGUGUGGUUCCCUGACAUGAUCAAGUACCUGCAGAAGCAAGAGUACGCCUCCCGCACCAAGGUCUUUGUGAAGGAGAAAGUCGAACACAUGACCUUCAACUUCACCCUGGAGAACCAGGUCCACCGUCAGGGGCAGUACUUCAACGACAAGUUCAUGAACCUGAAGAUGAGGUCCAUGGUGUUUGAGGAUUCGCUGUUCGAGGAGUGUUACUUCGAGGAUAUCACCUCCAGCAACACCUUCUUCAAGAACUGCACGUUCAUCGCCACCCUUUUCUACAACACUGAUCUUUUUAAGUACAGGUUGAUCAACAGUAGACUGAUCAACAGCACCUUCCUGCACAACAAAGAGGGCUGCCUGCUCAGCGACGUCAGUGAUGAAAACAACGCCUACAUGGUUUACUUUGUCAGUUUCCUGGGCACCUUGGCGGUGUUGCCGGGUAACAUCGUGUCUGCGCUGCUCAUGGACAAGAUUGGACGCUUGAGGAUGUUAGCCGGCUCCAGCGUCAUCUCUUGCAUCAGCUGUUUCUUCCUGUCUUUUGGCAACAGCGAGUCCGCCAUGAUCGCUCUACUCUGCCUGUUCGGUGGCAUCAGCAUCGCCUCCUGGAACGCUCUGGACGUGCUCACCGUAGAGCUCUACCCGUCUGACAAGAGAACCACAGCCUUCGGCUUCCUCAACGCUCUCUGCAAACUGGCGGCCGUUCUGGGCAUCAGCAUCUUCACCUCGUUUGUUGGCAUCACCAAAGCCGUGCCCAUCCUGUUCGCCUCGGGGGCGCUGGCAGUGGGCAGUUUUCUGGCCCUCAAACUACCAGAGACGCGGGGUCAGGUGCUGCAAUAGUGUGACACCAACAGCUUUGCAGGGGUGGGGGAGGGUGGGGCAGAAGAGCUUUUGCCACACUGAAUGAAAAAUCCUGGCCUCUAAAAUCCCCAAAGUCUGCAGAAACACACUCAAUAUUAAGGUAAAUUUCAACCCAAAUCUGGUGAAUUCCAGAUUCUUGACAUCAUUGCCAGCAGUAGAUGUUGUCCUUCUCAUUGUAACGAUGAGGGGUGGGGGUCAGUGCAGUGGAGGCUCUUGAUAGAGAGCCAUGCAAAAAGACUCAUCCAAAUGACCACUAGCCAUGUUUGCAGAGUUCUCUGUACUCCACCUCCAUUUCUGAGCAACUUUCACCCGUCUUUGAGACCUUCACCACGUCUGCCAUCUUUAGACUCAAAAAUGCAACAAUUUCUGCCUCGAUUUGAAGCAUUUUUGACUUUGUGAGGUUAAAACCUGGACUCUCCCAUCGUCAUUCUUUCUCCUGACGUCUUGUGUUGGUGUUUUCAGAUUAACUGCCAUUUUCUAGACUAUAGAAACUUCCAGGUUUGCUUCGGUGUGUUGUCGUAUGCAUCUGAGAAGCAGUGAGACGAAGCUCAACAAGCUGUUGUCCGGGUGUGCGUUUGUGUGUGUGUGUGUGUCCAUGUAAAGCACAAAGCCGUGAACAAUUGGAUGGAAGUGUUUUUAUCGUCACAGCCGCUCAUCAUUCUAGCCACACCGUGUGUUCCUGUUGUGUGAAAUGCCUUUUUUCGUAUCCUCAAAGACUCUGCAGUGGGCGUGUGUGUCUUUUGUAUGUUUGUGAGGGUGUUAUGCAUGUGUCCUGUACAUACCCUGAAAACUGGAAGCAUAAAAAUCAUUUGAGGCUUGUAUAUUCCAUUGCCACACACUAGACUUUUAAUGAAAGUUCUGCUGUUUUUUGCCUCCAUUAAGGAAGAACACAGAACCGACAAAGACAAACGAGUGAAGCGAAAAUGCAUCAAUUUAGCUGUUUUUAUUUUGUCUGUGCGUGGAAAAGUUGUGUGAAAUACCCUGAAAAACUAGUGUGAACUGAAUGUUUAGUGUCCGAGCUUCUUAGUGCAAUAUGAAGACUUUCAUUUUUUUAAGAGAUUAAAUAUAAGAGAGCAAACUGGAUAUUUUUUCCCAUUCCAAUGUGGCAUCUGUCUAUCUAUAUAGCCUGAAAUAGACUCAUAACCCUGGAUAAAACCCCUUUAUUACCGGUAUAUACGUAUAAGUACAAAUAUAAUGGUGGAACACAGACUUUCAAUACAGCAGAUGAAACAUUUCCGUAUGAAAAACCAUCACUACAGGGUUACCUGUGUCAAAUACGCAACCAAAAAAGCAGAAAAGUCAAACAUAGUCCUGCUUGUUGGCCACAUUCUAUAGCCAAGCUGCAUUUCUGAAACUUCCACACUUUUGUGUCGCAUUUAAAUUCCUUUAACCAAAUUGUUUCAUUUUUACCAUACGUGAACCUCAAAUUCCAUAAAACGUUGACCUGAAAUAGCUUUAUGUUCCAUGUUUGAUGACUUUCUCAUACCUAAAACAAAUCAAAACCACAUAGGAUUCAAGCCUGUCCCAAGGUGAACACAUCCACUUGACCUUUGAUAUUAUAGGGCGUGGCAUGCAAAACCGUCAGUUGCUAAGGAAAACCAGAAAAAUAUUUUCACGUUGACGCGCAAAUUCCCCUCGCAUGUUCAUCAUCCCCAGACAUUAGAAAAAAAUGUCUAUGGUUGCUAUGGACCUGGUACCUUCUGGAAGCUGUUAUUGCUGAUCAGCGACAUCCCAUCUGCUUUAGAUAUUGUUCAGGGUUAUUCUAUAGGCUUGAGGAGGAGGAUAGGAGCAUAUAAUGGAGGGUAUUUUAUUUUUUUGUUCACCACCAAUUUUCACUCUCAAAAAUAAAAGUAUCCGCUGAGGGCUGAUGGUGAUAUGUUCCUCACAGGUAAUAACUAGCACAGGGUCAGAGUCACAGCCACAUUCCUUCAGUCAGGAAAUGAUUCGAUUUCUUUGAGAAAAGAAAGCCUUUUCGUCCAAACUGCCAUUUUUGUAGGAUAGCAGCCAUAUUUAGAUUCCAGUUGGCACGAUAAACAUUGCACUAACUGCACAUCCUAGAACAUGCACAGCUGUGGAAGACCUCGAAGAGGCGCCAAACAAAAAAGCACAGCACCCACAACUGUUAUGAGAUGCCCUUUUCUUUGUGCCCUUUUUGUUUGUGUGCCAUGAGACCCACCACUCUUCACUGGUUGCCAAAUAUUUUAUAAGUCCUGAUUUAACUCGUGGCUCCAUUAACUCUAUUAUAGGUAUAAAUAUCUGUAAAUAAAAUAGCUAUAAUAUAUCUAAUAAGCUUCCAUUUACAGGAUAUUUUCAUCAUAAAUGUCAGUUUUUGCCUAAAUCUUUGGGAAAACAUUGAAUUUCUCAACAUAACCCUUGUGCUAUCCUAUGGGUCCAGAUGACCCGAUCCUUGCAGUGACGUGUUCUCCCUACCAUGACAAAGGUGGAUAAAGGUGGAAUGAUUUCAUGUAAUCAAUGGACACCAGUGAAGAUUACAAAUCAUUGAAGAAAAAAGGUUCAGAGCACUGUCUAGUGGGUCUAGAUGACCCCACUUCCAACGUUAACGUGCCUAGGAUAGCACAAGGGUUACCGGUAGUUAUAACCAGAAAUCCUUAUGGCUGCAGACGCCAUUAAGUCUCUAAUCAUCAGAUCCCCCCCCUAAAAGCACACAAUGAAGACACACUGGAUUCAUAAAUAUGAAGAAUUGUACAUGUUAGUUGGUGUAUAUUGUCCAUCAUUCCCCUAUUAAAAAAAAGACAGUUUGGAUUCAGAAUGAUCUCUUUAAAUGCAUAUCUGCUUAUGUUACAGGGUUUCUUGCAAGAAAAGCAAUAAGUGUCGUCAUAUUUGUCUUUUUUGAGAACGCUGGCGGCUGGAGCUCGUUUUGUUCCGUUGUCAGUUCACCAUGACUCCACAGCCAACAUUUGCGUGCAACUCUGAUGACACCCUGAUCCUGAAAUGAAACUGCAUCGACGUCAAAAGAAAAAAUAAAAAAAAUAAAAAAAUAACAACUUUGUCACUGUACUGUGCCGUAGAAACUCUAGUUGAUUGUUUGUAAGUAUAGAAACCGUGGAAUCAUAUUCAAAAAAAGCUACAACUAGAUGUGUAAAUGAACAAUGCUGUAUGUUGUCUUUGAUUUUUGUUUGUUUUGUAAAUGAGAAUAAACUUUAGGCAAAAAAAAGACCUUAAUGUUAACAAAAAGGGUUAUGAAUCAUAGUUAGCCUCAAUGUGAACACACGGGUUCUGUUCAAAGCUGUGUAGGAUGUUUCUUUUGACGGGGUUCUGUGACCCUUUGGAAUCUCAAUGCAUCAACGAACCAUGAAAAAUAAAAAGUGGAACAGAAAGUC